AUGCCUGCUUCGUCUCCUCUUCCUGUGCUCGCUUCCCCCGUGCCUGCUUCCCCCGUGCCUGCUUCCCCCGUGCCUGCUCCGUCUGCUACAUCUCGUCUCACAGCAUCCCUCUUCACUGCUCCUGCUGCCCCUGCAUCCCCUGCAGCACCAUCAGCACCACCGCCACAACAACCCUCUCUCUCCCCACCUCUGCCCUGCUCCUCCCCACAACACCACCACCAUUCCAACCCCACUCUCCGCCUCUUUCCUUCCCUCUCUCUCCCCUCCGUUCCCCCCUCCAACCCCCUCUUCUCCCAGCGAUCGACAGCACCUUCCCUCCCCACCCUCACCCCCACCUCCCCUCCCUUUCCGCUGCUCACCAUAUUUUCCCCCUCCUCUCCCCCUUCUCUCCCCACCUCCCCCUCUUCUCUCCCCGCCUCUCCCCCUUCUCUCCUCACUUCCUCUUUUCCCCUCCUCACCUCCCCGCAUUCUCUCCCCACCUCUGCCCCUUCUCUCCCCACCUCUGCCCCUUCUCUCCCCACCUCUGCCCCUUCUCUCCCCACCUCUGCCCCUUCUCUCCCCACCUCUGCCCCUUCUCUCCCAACCUCUGCCCCUUCUCUCCCCACCUCUGCCCCUUCUCUCCCCACCUCUGCCCCUUCUCUCCCCACCUCUGCCCCUUCUCUCCCCACCUCUGCCCCUUCUCUCCCCACCUCUGCCCCUUCUCUCCCCACCUCUGCCCCUUCUCUCCCCACCUCUGCCCCUUCUCUCCCCACCUCUGCCCCUUCUCUCCCCACCUCUGCCCCUUCUCUCCCCACCUCUGCCCCCUCGACCCCAUACUUUCUCCUCGUUCCCCCUACCUCUCCACCCUCUCCCUCCUGUUCCCUCCCCACGGCAGCCCCGAUUGCCUCUCCUCCCCUCACCACACCGCAACCCUCCUCCCCAGCGCAAGCCCUGCCUUGCGUGCUGUUUCCCCGUGCAGGAGUGGGAGCAGCGGAAGCAGCAGGAGUGGGAGCAGCGGAAGCAGCAGGAGUGGGAGCAGCGGAAGCAGCAGGAGUGGGAGCAGCGGAAGCAGCAGGAGUGGGAGCAGCGGAAGCAGCAGGAGUGGGAGCAGCGGAAGCAGCAGGAGUGGGAGCAGCGGAAGCAGCAGGAGUGGGAGCAGCGGAAGCAGCAGGAGUGGGAGCAGCGGAAGCAGCAGGAGUGGGAGCAGCGGAAGCAGCAGGAGUGGGAGCAGCGGAAGCAGCAGGAGUGGGAGCAGCGGAAGCAGCAGGAGUGGGAGCAGCGGAAGCAGCAGGAGUGGGAGCAGCGGAAGCAGCAGGAGUGGGAGCAGCGGAAGCAGCAGGAGUGGGAGCAGCGGAAGCAGCAGCGUCACCCAGACAGGAGUCGACGUGCAGUGAAACGGUGGAGCGAGGCACGGAGCGCCAGCACACAGGACACGCCACGAACCCGCUCCCCAUCCUGCCGCUGCUCUCGACGCCAUGGCUGCCGACGCCGCUGCCUCCCUCCCUCUUCCCCUUCCCCCCCCGCGUCGCCGCCCGCCCUGCCCUCCGCGCAGCACAUCCCCGCGCAGGUUCCGCGCCCUUGCCGCUGCUCGCGUGCAUGCUACUGUCAGACCGCGGCCGUGCCCACCGUGUGCUGCUCCAGAGCGCACCGACCCUUCGCGUCCAACCUGUUUCCCGUCCGCGCCGUCAAGCCGUCAAGCCGUCAAGCCGUGAAUCCCUGUGUCCGGUCUUAACUGCGGAAGCGCUCUCCGCUGCGCAUUACAGUCAUUCCGCCGUUCCGCGCAGUCCCCGCACCAUGGCCGACCUGGGCAACGCCGACCGCCCGGCGCAGGGCACGGCGCGCGGAGGCAGCGGCGCAGCCCCCGGGGGCGGCGAUAAGGGGCUCAUUCCGCGGUCGAAUAAGGAGUACCUCAAUAUCGAGUACUGGGACAAGCGGUUUGAAGUGGAGGAGUCGUUUGAGUGGUGCGGUGACUACUCGCAGUUCAAGCACCUGCUGCUCACACACAUCCGCCCCUGCGACCGGGUGCUGAUACUAGGCAACGGCACAUCAGACCUGCCCGAGUGCCUGUCGCGGGACGGCCGCCGCCACAUCACCGCCACCGACCUCUCUGCUCUCGUGGUGCACCGCAUGGCACAGCGCAGCACCGCUCUGGGGAGCAGCGCCAUGGGGAGCACGCACAGCGGCACCACUGCUUGCACCUCUGCUGUUCCCCUUGGUGCCCCUGCUGCACCCGCUGCACCGCCUGCGGCGGUAACGGAUACAGCCCCUGAUGCUACUCAUGCAGCCGCACGUGAUUGCACUGGUACGAGCUCUGAGGCAGCAGCGCACACAGCGAUUGGGGAGGCACCUGGAGGGACACAGCCCACACAGCACCAACACCAGGUGCAGCAGCAGCAGUCUUCCUCACCCCCAGCCACCCCUGCGGGCAGCAGUGAUGUGGGUGCGGUAGCAGGGGGCAGAGAGGGGCAGGUGCAGCAUGCAUGCGCCUGCAACGCUGCUCUCACACUCACUGGCAAUGGCAACACCGCUGCUCACAGCAGCAAUGGGGGUGAGGCAUGCAACAGCAGUGGCGGCGGCAGCAGCGAUGGCGGCGGUGGCAUGGUGUGCAGGUGUGGGCGGGCGGCGGGCAUCACGUGGGCGGUGGCAGAUAUGAUGGCGCUGCCCUUCCCUGAUGCAUGCUUUGAUGUCGUGCUCGAGAAGGGCGUGCUGGACGUGCUAUUAGUGGACAGCGACUCCCCCUGGCACGUGGCGCCGCCCAUCGUGCAGCGAGUGCACACAGCGCUCUCACAAGCCCACCGCAUGCUCACCUCGCACGGCCGCCUGCUCUCCAUCACCUUCGGCCAGCCUCACUUCCGUCGCCCCCUCUACGAGGCCCCUCACCUCACAUGGACGCUGCAGCACACGGCCUUUGGGGACUCCUUCCACUACUUCCUCCUCCACCUCGCCAAGUGCCCCCCACCCACGCUCACGAGUCACCACCCAUUUGCUGUCACCCUGUACUGCUCAUCCCUCUCCCUUCGUGCUACUCAGGGAACUCGUACUCCCACAGUCACAGACAACACUCCUGCUGCCGAUGGUGAUUCUGAAUCAGCGGGUCUCGUUAUAACGCUACCGCAGUCCUCAGAUGCCCAGCCACCGUUGGAUCUAGAGCAUGAGUUCAUGGAUUCAGAUGAUUUCUUCUCCCACUGCUCCCUCGGGCUGGAUUAA